AUGGGAUAUCCGUUUUCCGAAUCUACAUCCUCAAAAAGUAAAGAGACAGGAUGGCUUAUCCCGGAGGGGCGGUGGAUGUAUUUUCUCAUUUUCUCACGCCGUUUGCAUCCAAAACCUACUAUUGUUGAUGACGGCCCGUGUGAAGACGAGAAGAAAUUUGAAGACAUGAUUCCAGAAGUGCCAGAGUUUCUUCUUUCUGGGAUCCGUGGAUCAUGGAGAAAGGGGGAAAACGGGCCCGAGCAGUUAGUAGUUGACGGAUUAGAACCAUGGGAGGCUCUUUAA